AUGGUGAAAAAGAAGUCAGGUAGUCAAAGCUUGGACCAAAGGAUAUACGAUCUCAUUCACGACUUGUUGGAGCAACAAAGCUCGGAGAAUAAGAAGGUCCUCGAAGAUGCAAAUAACGAUGAAGGUGAUGACGGUGAAAAUGAUCCCUUUGCCCAUAUAGCUCUUGCUAAAGACUUACAACUGUCUAACAUAUUGGUAUAUGUUCAGUCAAAGGACCUUCAGAUGAGAAGAAUGAAGCGUGCUAUAUUGGAGAAAUCAAUCGAUGCUGUUUUGAAAUUGAUCAGGGAAGAAGAAGCAGAAGAACUUGAAGAGGUUAUAUUGCAAAGAGAACAAGCUAAAGUCGAGGAAAGUCUCAAGAAUGAUAGUGAGUUUGAAGGGGUGGACGAAAAUAACCUAAUGGAAGUUAAAGACUCAAAUGCAUUGAACAAAUCAGUAGUAUCUAUGUGGAGUAAUAAUUCUGAAAAUUCCAAAGAACAAGAGAAGUCGGAGGAAAGUGAUGAUAAGAAACUGAAGAAAAGAACCAAAGACUCUUCCAAGCAAUUAACCAAGAAACCAAAAAAUAAAAUCGAUCAUACUCCUCCAACUUCGACUUUAUCUUCGCUUGGUGGAUUGACUACAAUCACCACACAAUUAAUGGAAUUGAUUGGUUUACCAAUAUUACAUCCAGAAAUAUAUGCUUCAACUGGGGUAGAGCCACCUCGUGGGGUCUUGCUCUAUGGACCUCCUGGUUGUGGUAAAACAACAAUUGCAAAUGCAUUGGCUGGAGAAUUACAAGUUCCCUUCAUAAAUAUAUCGGCUCCUUCAGUAGUUAGUGGGAUGUCGGGUGAAUCAGAGAAAAAAUUAAGAGAAAUUUUCGAAGAAGCAAAGCAAGUUGCUCCUUGUCUUAUAUUCAUGGAUGAAAUUGAUGCUAUUACACCAAAGAGAGAUGGUGGUGCUCAACGUGAAAUGGAAAGAAGAAUUGUGGCUCAGUUACUUACUCUUAUGGAUGAAUUGACUUUAGAAAAAACUAACGGUCAACCAGUCAUUGUCAUAGGUGCUACCAAUAGACCAGAUUCUUUGGAUUCAGCAUUGAGAAGAGCCGGCAGAUUCGAUCGUGAAAUUUGUCUUAAUGUACCUAAUGAAGAUCAACGUUGUUCUAUAAUACAGACAAUGACUUCAAAUUUAAAAUUAAAAGAUGGCGAACAAUUCAAUUUUAGAGAAUUAGCAAAAUUAACUCCUGGUUAUGUUGGUGCUGAUUUAAAAAGUUUGGUUACCGCUGCUGGUAUUGCUGCAAUUAAGAGAAUUUUUGAAAGCUUAAGUGAACUAGAAGAAGAAUUAUUAAUGAAAGAUAUAAAUUCAAUGGAAAUUGAUCAAAAUUUAAAUGACAGUCAAAUAACUUCAAAUGAUCAAGCAUUAAUACCCAAUAAUACUUCAGUGACAAAUUUUGAAAAUAAGUCGGACUUGGAAAAACUUUCAACCAUUCAAAAAUUCCUCAUAAAACAUCCUAAUCCUUUAACCGAUGAUCAGCUUGCUCCAUUGUCAAUUACUUAUGAAGACUUUUUAACUGCAUUACCAACUAUUCAACCUACUGCCAAAAGAGAAGGCUUCGCAACCGUUCCUGAUGUCACUUGGAAUAACGUUGGUGCAUUAAACCAUAUUCGUAUGGAAUUACAUAUGUGUAUUGUUCAACCAAUUAAAAAACCAGAACUUUAUGAAAAAGUUGGUAUUACUGCUCCUGCAGGUGUUUUAAUGUGGGGGCCUCCAGGUUGUGGUAAAACCUUAUUGGCAAAAGCUGUUGCUAAUGAGUCCCGUGCAAACUUUAUCUCAAUCAAAGGACCUGAAUUACUUAAUAAAUAUGUUGGUGAAUCUGAACGUGCUGUUAGACAAGUUUUCCAAAGAGCUAGAGCUUCUGUUCCUUGUAUCAUAUUUUUUGAUGAAUUGGAUGCUCUUGUCCCAAGAAGAGAUGCUUCAUUAUCUGAAUCUAGUUCUCGUGUGGUUAAUACUUUAUUGACUGAAUUAGAUGGUUUAAAUGAUAGAAAAGGGGUUUUCGUCAUUGGUGCUACCAAUAGACCUGAUAUGAUUGAUCCAGCAAUGCUUAGACCAGGUAGAUUGGAUAAAACAUUAUAUAUUGAAUUGCCAACUAGCGAUGAACGUCUUGAUAUCUUAAAAACUUUGGUUAAAGCAAAUAAUACCCCAUUAGAUGGUGAUGUUGAUUUAAGAUCAGUUGCAAAUGAUGAACGUUGCAGAAAUUUCUCUGGUGCUGAUUUAUCCUCUUUGGUCAGAGAAGCUGGUGUUUUGGCUUUGAAAAAGAAAUUCUUCAAAGGCCAACAGAUUCUGGAAUUAGAUAAAUCCGGUUAUUAUGACGCUGAUGAAAUUAAAGAAGUUGAUAACGAUUUCAUCGUGGUCACUAAUGAAGACUUUCACCGUGCUUUAUCUUCGAUUAAUCCAAGUGUUAGUGAUAAAGAUAGAGCUAAAUACGAACGUUUAAACAAACGUAUGGGUUGGAGUGUCAUCAAUGAAGUCAAAGAAGAAGAAGAUAAGAAAACUGAAACUCCUUCUGACGCAAAAUAA